AUGUCCUCGCCCUCGUUUCUUCUUGCCAAUGAGACUAACCAUACCCUCUUGCAUUCGCUUUUGGAGUCUAUUAAUUCCAUUCUAGAGAACAAGUACCGCAAGAAUCCUGAACUUGUGUUUGCUAUCCUCAGGAAUAAGAAGCGAGUCGAGGCCCUACGCUCAUUUACUCUUGAGAGCGGGCAAGAGGAGAUUGAGAGGCGCAACAGAAGAAGAAAAGACUCUGGACAGCAUGCUGACCCGUUGGAGGCUACAUCCGUUCGCAGCUCAGUCGACAGCCUAAGAAGUCCAAGCAGCGCCCACCCUCGCCACUCAUCACUGGAGGAAGUUCCAGAAGACGGCGCAUUUGCAAUCGGAGACGACGAUGAAGACGACGAUGACGAUAGUGACGAUGAAGAGCAACAAGAGACCCCUGCAAGGUCAACUUCGAGUGAAGCGCCUUCCAGAAGAUCAUCAACCCCCAACGCCGAGGACGCUCUCCCAACACAACUGAGGGGAAUGUCUGAAAAGGCUCGCGGUAAGAUGCCAGCCGGUGUUCCCAAUUUCUCACGGCAGAAUAGCACGACAAGUUUGGGCGGACACUCAAUAUCAGGGCAAUCACAAGCGGGCGCAUUCGAACCAACGGCUCACUGGAUUGAUAGCUGGUUGCUGGAACUGCCGCUGCAUACGAUCCUGGCAGUUAUCCAGCAGGUCUCAGCUCUAUUGCCGCGCCAAGAAUUGGCAGCUGAUAUUCCGAUACCAGAAACACUUCGGCGGAUCUCAGGUGUUGGGAUUGUAGGUAUUGAACCUUCAGCCCCUCGUGUACACUCAUUUGAGUGGUCUCAGCUCGCUCUGGGCUGGUAUGAGUCUCUUUUAUGGGGCGUUAUAUUCACAAACGAGAUGCAAGUUUCGAGAGGAACUAUGGGCAUAUGGAACGGGACUUCGAUCAAGCUCUUCCGAGUUCAAGAAACAGCCCCAGAAGGUCCGACUCUGACUUCACCCCGGGGUGCCGUUGACGCAGUUGGCAGCAACAUAGUGUCACGAAUAGGGCAGAUGAAUCUUCGUGGUGGGCCGCAAGGUAGUAACCAGCCGCCGCCACGGAAUGGCUGA